GUUAUAAAGCUCACUCUCUAGCUGAAUUGUUCAGUAUCAGGAGAGAAAACGCAAUUCAACAUGGACUCUGUGAAACUGCUAUUUGCCUCAACCAUCCUCUGUUUAUGGAUAAUAACUGGUGAAAGCAUUAUGAAUGGAGACGAAGCUGCCCCACACUCGCGACCGUACAUGGCAUCCAUUCAGAAGAAUGGGAAUCAUGAAUGUGGCGGUUUUCUAAUCGCGAGCCAAUGGGUCAUGAGCGCAUCUCACUGUUUCCAAGACGGUGUAGGAGGACGCAAAAUUGUUUUAGGGGCUCAUUCUUUGUCUGCUGAUGAAGAUACCAAACAGACUUUUGACAUCGUUGCAGUGUACAAUCACCCCGAUUUCAACAAAGCCAUCUAUGACAAUGACAUCUCACUUGCCAAGCUGAGCCGGCCCGCGGUGGAGACCGAUGCGGUGAAACAACUGAAGUAUGCCAGAGAGGGCGCUGCUGAUCCUCAAGAAGACGCUGAGGUGGAAACUGCAGGCUGGGGAUUCACAGAUAACCUGGGCAGCAAACCGGACAAACUGCAAGAGCUGAGCAUUGCCGUCGUGGGACGACACAUCUGCGGCCGCAGCAGAUCCUACGGUCCAAACUUUACCAAGAACAUGAUCUGUGCUAACAAGAGAGGCCAGGACACCUGUGCUGGUGAUUCCGGAGGACCACUCCUCUACAAGGGCAUUGCCGUUGGGAUAACCUCUAACGGAGGGAAAUGUGGAUCAUCUAGAAAACCUGGACUCUACACCAUUAUAUCCCACUACACCCAGUGGAUUGACCAAACCAUGACCCAGUAGUAUCAGAGACAUCUCUGAAACCCAUUUUAAGCUUGGCACUAAGCCUUCGUGGAAGCUUUUAUUUUGUCGAUUGUGAGUGGUCAUCUCUGUAU